AUGCUGAUAUGGUGCCGUAUCAAUCUGCAAAAAAAGAAAAUCACCACUUCGAUUAAGGUUUACAACCGAGAUAUGUCUAAUUGUGUAUACGAUCUGCUGCGCCCACCAACGGACUUGCAUCAGCUGGCAAAAUCCGUGGAAAUAUGCUGGGUAUCGGAUAUGCCAUUGUGGUUUUCGAACUUUCCGAAGAUUUGGAUACCCGAGCUCGA